AUGGGCUUCUCUCUAUGGGGAACUCUCAUGUUCCUCUCCCUCUUCGUCAAGCAUCUCACCAGCCAAGAUCCCAACACCGAGGCCUCUUAUCUCUCCAGCUUCUUCACCGCAAUGGGUUUACCCAAUUCUUCCCAAGCUCACACAUUAUCUUCUUCUUCUUUAUGUUCAUGGCCAGGAGUGGCCUGUGACGCACGAAGAGAGUACGUGCUCCAUUUCUCGGCUUCUGCGUCGGAACUGUCCGGUCCCAUCCCCGACAACACCAUCGGCAAACUGAGAAUGCUCCAAUCUUUAGAUCUCAGUGGCAACAAGAUUACGUCUCUGCCCUCUGAUCUAUGGAGUCUGAGCUCGCUCAAGAGUCUCAAUCUCUCCUCCAACCGGAUUUCUAAGACGCUUUCCAGCAACAUAGGCAAUUUCAAGACGCUUGAGACCCUUGAUCUUUCUUUCAACAGCUUCUCUGGCGAAAUCCCUGCCGCUAUAAGCUCGCUUGUCAAUUUAACAACUCUCAAGCUCGGCAACAAUGGUUUUCAGUCUCUCGUCCCUCAAGGACUUCUCAAUUGCCGAUCUCUAGUCUCCAUCGACCUCUCAUCGAACCAGCUCACCGGGUCUCUGCCUGUUGGUUUCGGUUCGGCCUUCGCAGAACUGAAAAGCUUGAACCUUUCACGGAAUCUGUUUCAGGGUUCACUGAUAGGAGUCUUGCAUGAAAACGUGGAAACAGUUGAUCUCAGUGAAAACCGAUUUGAUGGGCAUAUCUUGCAGUUAAUAGCCGGCCACAAUCACAACUCGUCUAGUCUGAUCCAUCUUGACUUGUCCGAUAAUCGUUUCGUCGGCCAUAUACAAAAUGGCUUGAGUUCAUCACAGAAGCUGGGACACCUUAACCUCGCGUCAAAUCGAUUCAGGACGCAAGAAUUCGGGCAAAUCACAACGCUUUCGGCUCUGUAUUAUCUGAAUCUAUCCAGGACCAAUCUGGCAGGUAUCAUUCCGAGUGAAAUCUCGCGGCUGAGUCAUCUCAAGGUUCUUGAUCUCUCCUCCAAUAACCUCACUGGACAUGUACCUACGCUGAGCCUCAAGAACAUCGAAAUACUUGAUCUCUCGCUGAAUCAGCUAGACGGAGAUAUCCCAAGGCCGGUUCUGGAUCAACUCCCCACGAUGCAGAGGUUUAACUUCUCUUUCAACAAUCUAACCUUUUGUGACCCCAACUUAUCUAAAGGAAUGAUCCAGACAUCCUUCAUUGGCUCCACAAACAACUGCCCCUUUGCUGCAAAGCCGAUCGUUCAAAAGGGAAAUAAAGUCAACAAGAGGAAGACAGGGCUUAAGAUUGGUUUGGCGUUAGCAGUCUCCAUGGCGUUCUUACUUGUUGCGCUGUUGCUCAUACUGGUGGCCCUGAGAGGUAGAAGAAAAUCCAGAACAUGGGCAACAAGGCAAGCCACAGAAGCCAACUUGUCAGACCAAAACGAACCAACGGAUGUCUCUGUGGUAAUGAUCGACAAGCCGUUGAUGAAGAUGACGUUUGCAGACCUCAAGGCUGCGACUUUCAACUUCGACAGAGGCGCAUUGUUGUGGGAAAGCAAGUCUGGUCCUACUUACGAGGCAGUCUUACCCGGUGGAUUCAGAGCAGCUCUCAAAGUUAUUCCAAGUGGAACCACAAUGACCGAUCACGAAGCCUCGAUUGCGUUCGAACGCCUCGCCCGCAUCAUUCAUCCAAAUCUUGUCCCGCUCUCUGGAUACUGCAUAGCCGCAGAGCAAAGAAUCGCGAUUUACGAGCACCUAGACAAUGUUAAUUUGCAGAGUUUACUCCAUACCGUAGAUGACUCUGCAUCGUGGAGACUUCGGCAUAAGAUAGCUCUGGGGACGGCGAGGGCGUUGGCUUUCCUCCAUCACGGCUGCAUUCCUCCGGUGGUCCACGGGGAAGUGAAGGCUAGAACAGUCUGCUUAGACUCCACCCAGGAACCGCAAUUGGCAGAGUUUGGUUUAGCCAAACUCUUGGAUGAGGGAUUUUCCGGAGGUUUAGACGGGUACGCACCGCCGGAGCUGGAGGAAGACGGCUCUCCGACAGUAGAAUCCGACGUGUACAGCUUUGGAGUUGUUCUGCUUGAGCUCGUGAGCGGGAAGAAGCCGGAGUGGGACUUGGUGAAUUGGGUGAGGGGUCUGGUGAGGCAGGGAGAAGGAUCGAGAGCCAUCGAUCCGACGAUACGAGGGACAGGUCCGGUGGAGCAGAUUGCGGAGGCGGUGAAGAUAGGGUACUUGUGCACCGCCGAUCCGCCAUGGAAGCGACCCACGAUGCAGCAGGUGGUUGGACUUCUCAAAGACAUUGCGCCCAGCAGUUGUUGA